CCAGCUUCCGUGCGGGGACCGUCUGCUGCUCUGGAAGGCGGCAAUUGGGUGAGGCGACGAGCCACGUAACCGCUGGGCGCUCACGGGUUCAGACUGUCGCCGUGGCGUCUGCGCAUCCGAAGCUGGUUGCCGCUGCGGCCGCCUGGAAUUGUGGGGGUUGUGUCUGCCCCUCGGCUGCCCGGCAGGAAGCCGAAGGUCUCCUUAGGCUUCUUCAGGGCCUGCCCCUAUUUAGGAUGGCUCCUCUGGGCAUGCUGCUUGGACUACUGAUAACCACCUGCUUCACCUUCUGUUUCAGUCAUCAGAACCAAGAGUUUGCGCUGAUCAAUCCAGAGAAGAGCACCACCAAAGAAACAGAGAGAAAGGAAACCACAGCAGAGAAGGAGCUGGACCCUGAAGUCCUGGAGGUGUUUCACCCGAGCCAUGAGUGGCAGGACCUUCCGCCAGGCCUGCAAGGAGGAGAUACUAGGGUACAUGGUCUGUGCUCAUUUGAAGGCAGAUUUAUAGUUAUGAGUUGGAAUACCAGGGGACCACCUAUGACUUCAUGGGUCUUCCCACCAGACCAGGCACACCCCCUCCCCAAGGCCCAUGGGCAGUGGUGUUCAUACCUAAGCUCCUGCGCUCAUUCAGAAUGGUACAAUGGGACUUCUUGGCUGACACCAGGAGGCCAGGCUGUCCCUGCAGGAUCCCAUGUGCGGCUGAAUCUCCAGACUGGGGCAAGAGAAGUGAAACUCCAAGAUGAAGACAAGUUUCAAAAUACCUUGAAAGGGUCAAAAAAGGGCAAAAGGCUGGACAUCAACACUAACACAUAUACAUCCCAAGACCUCAAGAGUGCACUGGAAAAAUUCAAGGAAGGGGCAGAGAUGGAGAGUUCAAAGGAAGACAAGGCAAGGCAGGCUGAGGUUAAACGUCUCUUCCGCCCUAUUGAGGAGCUAAAAAGGGACUUUGCGGAGCUGAAUGUUGUCAUUGAGACUGACAUGCAGAUCAUGGUACGGCUAAUCAACAAAUUCAAUAGUUCCAGCUCCAGCCUGGAAGAGAAGAUUGCUGCACUCUUUGAUCUUGAAUAUUAUGUCCACCAGAUGGAUAAUGCACAGGACCUGCUUUCCUUCGGUGGCCUUCAAGUGGUGAUCAAUGGGCUGAAUAGCACAGAGCCUCUGGUGAAGGAGUAUGCUGCAUUUGUGCUGGGGGCUGCCUUUUCCAGCAACCCAAAGGUCCAGGUGGAGGCCGUCGAGGGUGGAGCCCUGCAGAAGCUGCUGGUCAUCCUGGCUACGGAGCAGCCUCUCACUGCAAAGAAGAAGGUCCUGUUCGCGCUGUGCUCCCUCCUGCGGCACUUCCCCUACGCCCAGCAGCAGUUCCUGAGGCUGGGGGGCCUGCAGGUCCUGAGGAGCCUGGUGCAGGAGAAGGGUACCGAGGUGCUGGCCGUGCGCGUGGUCACCCUGCUCUACGACCUGGUCACAGAGAAGAUGUUUGCUGAGGAGGAGGCCAGGCUGACCCAGGAGACGUCCUCGGAGAAGCUGCAGCAGUAUCGCCGGGUGCACCUCCUGCCGAGCCUGCGAGAGCAAGGCUGGUGUGAGAUCACUGCCCACCUGCUGGCGCUGCCCGAACACGAUGCCCGCGAAAAGGUGCUGCAGACCCUGGGCGCCCUCCUGGCCACCUGCCGGGACCACUACCAUCAGGACCCCCAGCUCAGCAGGACGCUGGCCAGUCUGCAGGCCGAGUACCAGGUGCUUGCUGCCCAGGAGCUUCAAGAUGGAGAAAACGAGGGCUACUUCUGGGAACUGCUGGGCUCUAUCAACAGUUUGCUGAAGGAGCUGAGAUGAGGCUGCCCCUGAGACUGAGACUAGACUGGAGCACUGCUGGUGAGGCCGAGAGGUACCCGUCUGGACGGGUCUUCAGGGGACAGCAGGCAGGAUGGAGGGCUUCCCUCCGGGGUCUGGGCAUCAUCGGGACAGUGCUGGACUGGCCAUUAAAUGGAGGCAUGAAGGUCA